UUUUAAGCUGACUGGAAGAUUCAUGGUCUAUUAUUUCUCAUAAACAACUAGUCAGACAACAGGAACAACAGUAGGGCACAUGAUCCAUCUGGGAAGACUCAAGAGAUUCAGAAAACGAAAUGAAAGCUAUUGGGGUGCGCUUUUAAUGUUUUGGAAAAGGUUUGAUCUUUCCUAGAGAUUGUUCACACAAGCUAAAAGUUAUUUCUUGGAACUAUUUCCCUACUUGUUCACAUUUGGAAAUAUCUGUGCGGUACUUAAAGAGUGAUUUUCAUUCGCAGAGGUGUGUUAAGCUAAUUGGAUAAUUUAGUCUACUCGCUAUCUUACAACAAAGUUCGGUUCUUUUUGCUAUAAAUUAGAAUCGUUUAGAAUAUCGUCUUGUCCAUACUUCCUCUCAGUUAAGACUAUAUAUAUAAGUCAAGAGGGACGCUUGGAGCACAGACAAGCGUAUCAAUUUUUUAGAUGGAGCUAACACCAGUUGAAAGAAAGGAGCAUUUAGUUAUAGAGGAGGAGGAUGAGGAAGUUCAGUUGCAGUGGGCUGCAAUUGAGAGGCUGCCUACAUAUAAACGGUGCAGAACCGCGCUUUUUGACUUCGAUGGUGGCGUAGGCGGCGGGGGGAAGGAGCAUGCAGGGAAGAGGGUGGUUGAUGUUACAAAGUUGAAAGCAGAUGAGAGGCACCUGUUCGUCGAGAAACUCAUAAAGCACAUAGAGCAUGACAAUCUCCGACUUCUGCAGAAACUUAGAGAAAGGAUAGACAGAGUGAAUGUGAAGUUGCCGACGGUGGAGGUGAGGUACAAGAACUUGUUUGUGGAAGCAGAGUGUGAUGUAGUCCAAGGAAAGCCACUCCCAACACUAUGGAACUCUCUUCUGAGCUUCUUAUCAGUUUUUACAAAGGCAAUUUGGUGCAAAUCUUCCGGAGCGAAGAUGAGCAUUCUAUCAGAUGUCAAUGGCAUCAUCAAACCAUCGAGGCUUACUCUCCUUCUUGGUACCCCUGGCUGCGGGAAAACCACCUUGUUAUUGGCCCUUGCCGGAAAACUCGAUAAAUCUCUCAAGGUUGCAGGGGAGGUUUCUUAUAAUGGUUACAAGCUAGAUGAGUUUGUUCCUCAAAAAACGUCAGCUUACAUAAGCGAAUACGACCUUCACAUACCUGAGAUGACUGUGAGGGAAACAAUCGACUUUUCAGCCCGCUGUCAGGGCGUUGGCAGUAGAGCUGAUACAAUGAUGGAAGUGAUCAGAAGGGAAAAAGAAGCUGGAAUAGUACCUGAUUCCGACAUUGACACCUACAUGAAGGCAAUUUCAGUUGAAAGACAAAAGCGAAAUCUGCAAACCGAUUAUGUUUUGAAGAUCCUCGGACUGGAUACCUGUAGUGACACAAUGGUUGGUGAUGCGUUACAAAGAGGGAUUUCAGGUGGCCAGAAGAAAAGGCUGACAACAGGAGAAAUGAUUGUAGGUCCUACAAAAACUCUGUUUAUGGAUGAAAUAUCAACUGGAUUAGACAGCUCGACGACCUUUCAGAUAGUUACCUAUCUUCAGCAGUUGGUGCACAUCACAGAUGCAACUGCAUUGGUUUCACUCCUUCAACCAGCCCCUGAGACCUUUGAUCUAUUUGAUGAUGUAAUAUUAAUGGCAGAGGGGAAGAUAGUUUACCACGGUCCUCGUAGCCAGGCACUUCAGUUUUUCGAAGAUUGUGGUUUCAAAUGCCCAGCAAGAAAGGGUGCUGCAGAUUUCCUUCAAGAGGUAAUCUCAAAGAAGGAUCAAGCACAAUACUGGAAGCAUACCAACAUCCCCUACGAUUAUGUUUCAGUGGAUCAAUUUUCUCAACUUUUCAGAGCAAGUUACCUGGGGAAGAAGUUAAAUGAUGAGCUUUCGGAACCAUACGAUAAAUCACAGUGCCAUGACAAGGCCCUAUCAUUUACCACUUACUCAGUGAGAAAAUGGGAAUUGUUCAAAGCUUGUAUGGGCCGAGAGCUGCUUCUUAUGAAACGAAAUUCCUUUGUCUAUGUAUUCAAAACAGCGCAGCUUACCAUCAUUGCAUUUAUUACAAUGACGGUAUUUAUACGAACUCAAAUGGCUGUGGAUCUGACAAGUGCAAAUUUUUUGAUGGGCUCAUUGUUUUAUACCCUCGUUCGACUUAUGACCAAUGGAGUUGCAGAGCUGUCCUUGACUGUUACUAGACUUCCAGUUGUUUACAAGCAAAGGGGAUUCUAUCUGUACCCGGCAUGGGCGUAUUGUAUUCCAGCUUCUCUCCUGAAGGUUCCAUUUUCACUACUUGAUUCAGCACUAUGGACAGCCAUAACUUACUACGUUAUUGGGUUUAGCCCGGAAAUAACAAGGUUCUUCUGCCAGUUUCUUAUGCUAUUUGCUCUGCAUCAAUCAUCAACAUCAAUGUGUCGUUUGGUCGCUGUAAUCUUCCGAACUAUGGUUCUUGCAUCAACUUGUGGUAUUUUCAUCUUAGUGGUAAUGUUUUUAUGUGGAGGCUUCAUUUUGCCACAACCCUCUUUACCUUCUUGGUUGAGGUGGGGAUUCUGGUGUUCUCCUAUGACUUAUGCAGAAAUAGGUACAACUCUAAACGAAUUCCUUGCUCCUCGAUGGCAAAAGGUUACAAAUGGAAACACAACCUUAGGAAAUGAAGUUCUAACCAGACAUGGAUUGAACUUUGAUGGCUAUUUCUAUUGGAUAUCAGUUGGAGCACUGUUUGCGUUCACAGUACUUUUCGAUCUUGGAUUUGUUUUAGCCUUGACUUACCAAAAUCCUCCAAAGAUGUCUCGCGCAAUUAUUUCGGGAAAAAGGUUAUCCAAAUUACAAGGAAAAGAUGCUUGCAACAUCAGUGAACAGUCGAAAAAUGAAUCGACUCCAGCUUAUUCUUCCCAAACUGUGGGAGGAAAAUUCAACUGCGGGAGGAUGGUCCUGCCAUUUGAGCCACUGACAAUAUCAUUCAAGGAUGUGCAGUAUUACGUUGCAACCACACCGGAAAUGAGAAAGCAUGGCUUCAAGCAGAAAAAGCUUCAGCUGCUUAAAGACAUUACAGGAGCAUUCAGACCGGGAAUUCUCACUGCACUGAUGGGUGUGAGUGGGGCUGGAAAAACAACUCUCAUGGAUGUUCUUUCGGGAAGGAAAACUGGAGGUACCAUUGAGGGAGAUAUAAGAAUAGGAGGGCAUCCGAAGGUCCAGAAGACAUUUGCAAGAAUAUCGGGUUACUGCGAGCAGACUGACAUACAUUCUCCACUUAUCACAGUAGAAGAAUCGGUUAGGUACUCCGCUUGGUUGCGGUUGCCACCCGAAACUAAUCAAGACUUAAAAGCUAGAUUUGUGGAAGAAGUAAUCGAAACAAUUGAACUGGAGGAUAUAAGAGAUUCUUUAGUUGGCAUUCCUGGACAAAGUGGCCUAUCAACCGAGCAGCGUAAAAGGCUGACAAUUGCAGUGGAGCUUGUUUCCAAUCCAUCAAUAAUAUUCAUGGAUGAACCUACAUCAGGUUUAGAUGCUAGAGCAGCUGCGAUUGUCAUGCGUGCAGUGAAGAACGUCGUUGCCACAGGAAGAACAACUGUGUGCACAAUUCACCAACCAAGCAUUGAUAUCUUCGAGUCUUUCAAUGAGUUAAUUUUGAUGAAAACGGGUGGACAAAUCAUCUAUUCGGGAGCUCUAGGUCAUAACUCGAGUGAACUCAUCGAAUAUUUUGAGCGUAUUCCUAAUGUACCGAAGAUCAAAGACAAUUACAACCCGGCAACAUGGAUGUUAGAAGUUACUUCUGCUUCGGUAGAGGCAGAACUCGGUUUGGAUUUUGCCAGCAUCUAUAAAAAUUCUACUCAGUAUAGAGACUCAAUUGAUUUGGUAAAACAGUUGAGUGAAGCAAAGCCAGGUUCAAAAGACUUGCACUUUCCCACACAUUUUCCCCAAAAUAGUUGGGUGCAGUUCAAGGCCUGUCUUUGGAAACAACACUUGUCCUAUUGGAGAAGUACCGAAUACAAUCUAGCGCGUUUCAUGUUCAUGAUCGCUGUAUCAGUCAUGUUUGGGGUAAUCUUCUGGCAGAAAGGGAAGGAAAUAAAUAAUGAGCAGGAUUUGAUGAACAUACUUGGGUCCACGUACAUUGCCGUAAUAUUCCUAGGCGUAACCAAUUGCUCAGGAGUUCUGCCUUAUAUCGCAACUGAGCGCACUGUUUUGUACCGUGAAAGGUUUGCUGGGAUGUACUCAUCAAAGGCUUAUUCAUUUGCACAGGUUGUCGUUGAAAUACCUUACACAAUGUUGCAAGCAAUUUUGUAUGUGGCCAUUACAUAUCCUACCAUAGGGUUCUUUUGGUCACCUACUAAGGUUUUCUGGUACUUAUAUGCAACAUUCUGCACAUUUCUAUACUUUGUAUAUCUUGGGAUGCUGAUAGCUUCUUUGAGCACAAACCUCGACGUAGCUUCCAUUCUGGCAACCGCAGUCUACACCUUACUGAAUCUUUUCGCUGGCUUCCUCAUGCCUGGACCGAAAAUUCCAAAGUGGUGGAUUUGGUGCUAUUGGAUAUGUCCUACAUCAUGGUCCUUAAAUGGCCUACUGACUUCACAAUAUGGAGACAUGAGCAAAGAAAUAGUGAUCUUUGAGGAGCAUAAAACCGUUGGUUUCUUCCUACAAGAUUACUUUGGUUUCCACCAUGAUCGUUUAGGCCUUGUGGCUCUUGUUCUCAUUGCUUUCCCAAUUGUUUUUGCUUCUCUAUUUGCCUAUUGCAUUGGGAAAUUCAAUUUCCAAAGAAGAUAGGGAAAAAAAAAUAUUAUGUAUAUGUCCUAUCUUUAAUGUUGACCUUUGGAAAUGUAUCAGUGAACAAAAAACUUAAUAGAAAUUUGUAAUGGUAAAUUGGUGGUUAAGAUGGAAUACGAAUGUUGGAAUUACUUCA